CCUGGAAGAAAGAGAAAGGUGGUAGGCAGCAAUUGGUCGGUCCUUCCCUCUUGCACAGUAGCUGCAUAGGCGAGCGCCUCCUGCUACCCUUGGUACGUGCCCGCCCCUGCGUCCUGAGGAUUUUCCCUAUUGGAUCGCUGGGGACUCUAUGUGAGCACAGUGGUGGAGCCUCGGAGAGCGAAGAAAUUGGAUGAGAGACUGGGCGGUUUCCUUACCCCUACAUUGCUGUUGGCAAACAUUUUUGUAGCAACCACCGGAGAAGUUGCUUGUUGUGAAGGUUGUUCAACACUCUCCAGGCCCUCGUCCUCUUACUGGCAUCCGGACUUAGGUUCCUCUCCUACUGUGAGAAUGUAAAAUGGAUCCAGAAGAACAAGAGCUAUUGGGUGAUUACAGAUACAAAAAUUAUUCUUCAGUGAUUGAAAAGGCUUUAAGAAAUUUUGAAUCAUCAAGUGAAUGGGCAGAUCUAAUCUCUUCACUUGGUAGACUCAAUAAGGCUCUUCAAAGUAAUCUGACAUAUUCCCUAUUGCCAAGACGUCUCAUUAUCAGUAAGAGAUUAGCUCAGUGUUUGCAUCCAGCUUUGCCUAGUGGAGUACAUUUGAAAGCCCUAGAGACCUAUGAAAUCAUUUUUAAAAUCAUAGGGACAAAAUGGCUUGCCAAAGAUUUGUUCCUUUACAGUUGUGGCUUGUUUCCCCUUCUGACAAAUGGAGCAGUGUCAGUGAGACCUGUCCUCCUUGGGCUAUAUGAGAAAUACUUUCUUCCACUGAAGAAGUUGCUUCUGCCGAGUCUUCAGGCAUUUGUCAUAGGGCUGCUGCCUGGCCUAGAGGAGGGCUCAGAGAUUUAUGACAGAACAGAUGCUUUGCUUCUGAGGCUGUCCCUUGUUGUUGGAAAAGAUGUAUUCUAUACUGCGCUGUGGGGAGCAGUUGUGGUGAGCCCGUCCAUAAGGCUCCCUGCAUCCCUUUUUAUAGUCAGCCACAUACAAAGAGAGUUACCUGGCCAAGAACAGACAUAUAUGCUGGGGACAGACCACCAACUCACGGUAAAAUCUUUGUGUGCAUCAUUAUUGGAUUCUAAUGUUCUGGUACAGAGAAACAAUUUGGAAAUAGUUCUUUUCUUUUUCCCAUUUUACACAUGCCUGGACUCCAAUAAAAGUGCCAUUCCACUGCUCAGAUCGGAUAUUGUUCGAAUACUUUCAGCUGCUACCCAGACUUUGUUGAGAAGAGAUAUGUCUCUUAACAGAAGAUUUUAUGCAUGGUUGCUAGGCUCAGAUAUCAAAGGAAAUACUCUUGUGCCUCAAUCGAACGUCUCAACAUCUUAUGAAGACCAAUCCGCCUAUUUCUUUGAAAAAUACUCAAAAGACCUCUUAAUUGAGGCAUUGAUUGAAAUUUUGCAUCAGAAGUUCACCAGCUCUGAAUUUGAAGAAAGUCAUCAGGCUUACCUGAAACCUUUCCGUAUCCUCGUUAGUCUCCUUGACAAGCCUGAAAUAGGUCCUCAGGUUGUUGGGGAUUUAUUUCUCGAAGUGAUCAGAGCCUUAUUCUCUUAUUGUAGAGAUGCUCUUGGAAUUGAGCUUAAACUUAGCUACAUUCAAAGUGGAAAUUCACUUACAAGUGCAAUAAAAGAAAACAGAUAUGCCUCUGAGAUUGUUAAAACUGUGAAUUUUCUAAUUACUUCCCUAAGUACAGAUUUCAUCUGGGAUUAUAUGACCCGAUGUUUUGAAGACUACUUUAGAAGCAGAUCCAUGGAAGUAAGCCAUCCCUUUACAAAAAACAGCAUUUCUCCCACAGUUUCAGAACUUUGCAUGUUGCUUGUGUUCCUCCUUGAUGUAAUUCCGUUGGAACUUUAUUCUGAGGUACAAACUCAGUAUCUCCCACAGAUGCUCUGUUACAUGGUGCAGUGCCUUUAUGAAGAACUGGAAUUUUUAACCUUGCCCGAACUCACCCAUGCCUUAAAAACUUGCUUCAAAGUGCUUAACAAAGUGCAGAUGCCUCCGUCCUAUUUGGAUAUUGAGACACAGAGUGAAAAUGUGAAUCCUGUAAUAGAUAAAAGUGGUGAAACAACUUUAGAAACAAAGUCUGUGGUGCCUGAUGAAGACGAUGCUUCAUUUCCUCCUCUUAAGUCUGAAGACAGUGGUAUUGGCCUAAGUGCUUCAUCCCCAGAGCUCUCUCUGCACUUAGGCAUCCCUAGGAUUUCUCCAGAAAAGGAUGAUGUCUGGAAAAGGAAUGGGAGCAUGCAGAAAACCUUGCACUCCAUUCAGGAACUGGUUACUAUCUUUACCAAUAAGCAUAUUUUUGGGGUGCAGCUACCUGAACAUGGAGAGGAAAAUCAAUCAACGGUCACUACGAACACAAGAGACAAAGAUGAAGCAAGUGGCACGAUUGUUGAAAACUCAGGCAAGAAGAGAAACUCUCGGGACAUCAAAACAAUCACCGUGCCCCAGUUUAAACAGAUGCUUUCAGAUCUGUUUACAGUCCGAGGGUCUCCAACUAAGCCAAAAACUCUGAGGUUUCCCUUUUCUUCAACCCAUAGCAUUGGCAAUAAAAAGGAAAAAGAGGAUGAGGAGUGGUAUAUUUACAAGGUGAUUAUUGACUUAGGAGAUUUGAGCAAGGAUUGCCGGGAAGCCUUUGCUGCUGCUUGUCAUUUUCUGCUGGACUGUUCCACCUUCCCCGUCUACCUUUCUCAGGAAGAAACAGAGCAACUCUAUACAUCUCUUUUCCAGGCACCUGAAUGUGAUUCUAGCUUCCCGUUGUGGCUUAAAUCUCUCAUGACUAUCUGCUGCUGUGUAAAUGACUGCCAUAUUCAGAAUGUGUCCAUCUUCACACUGCUUGAGAUGAUACACCAUUCUCAGUCACUGGCACUUAUGUGUGAAGACAGGAUGAAACGGAGUAAAAUCUCUGAACAUAACCCGUUUUUUGGAAAGUUACAGAUGGUAACAGUUCCUCCCAUUGUUCCAGGAGUAUUAAAAGUCAUUGCAAAGAAAACAGACUUCUAUCAGAGAGUGGCACAGGUACUCUGGAAUCAGCUGAACAAAGACACACAGGAACAUCACAUUGCUUGCGUGGAACUCUUCUACAAGCUACAUUGCCUGGCACCAUCAGCUAACAUCUGUGAAGAUAUUAUCUGCCAUUCGUUAUUGGAACCUGACAAAGGAACAAGGUUGGAAGCAAUAUUUCGAUUUUCCAUCAUCUGGCACCUAACAAGAGAGAUCCAAAGCAACAGAGUGACAUCCCACAAUCGUUCCUUCGAUAGGUCCUUAUUUGUAGUAUUGGACAGCCUGACUUGUUCUGAUGAGGCCAUUGGUGCAGCAGCACAAGGCUGGCUGGUUCGUGCCCUUUCCCUUAAUGAUGUGUCCCGGAUCCUGGAACCUGUUCUCUUGUUUCUGCUUCACCCAAAGACACAGAGAAUAUCCAUUCACUGCAUCAGGCGGAAAAACUCAGCAGAGGAUUUACAUCAUUGGUUUAGCAAGAAAAAAGCUUGUUUCAAAGAAAUGUAUGGGGUAUCUGAACGUCACGAAGGAAGCUCUCAUGAAAACCUGCCCUUAAAUCAGUUUACUACUGUAGACCGGGAAGCUAUUUGGGCUGAAGUGGAGAAAGACCCAGAGAAGUUUCAGCUGAGAAAUGACCUAGAUGAUGAUGAUGAUGUCCCUUGUGGCACAGACAUCCCUGACAGGCCAGAAGGUGAGCUUCAGGACAACAGUGAGCACACAGAGUCAGCAGAUACAAGCUUAGGACACACUGACAGUGAAAAUACUUCCUCGUUCUCAACACCCUCCUUGGAUCCUCAUGAGUUGAGCAGUGAAGAAAACUGUUGCACCCCCAUACAUGAUAGAGCUCAUCCUAAGCAUUCCGCCUCAACAUCUGUUUUCCAACCUCAGGUCUCUAAAACAGUUGCCAAACGGAACCUAGUGCGGUUUGACUCAGACAAGACCCAAGCUUCUGAGUCACUCUCUAGUGAUGAGGAAGUUGAUGUGGAUCAGACUCUCACAAUGUCCAAGUUACUGAAGAAGCAGAAGGAAAAGCAGGCAAUGACUGAGGCAUUAUUUAAACACAUUCUGUUGUACCUACAACCCUAUGACUCCAGACGAGUCCUAUAUGCCUUUUCUGUGCUAGAGACAAUACUCAAAUCCAACCCCAAAGAAUUCAUCGAGGCGGUUUGCAGGACUAACAUGGAUUCCAGCUCCACUUCUCAUUUGAACCUCAUCUAUAACCUCUUAGCACGCCACCAAGAAGCCUUGGUUGGGCAGAGUUUCUAUGGAAAGCUUCAGACCCAGUCACCCACAACAUGCCCUCAUUCCCUUUUGAUUGAGUUACUUAUUUACCUCUGCCUGAGCUUCCUACGUUCAUACUUUCCAUGCUAUGUACAGGUCUCCCACCAAGACAUACUUGGCAACCAAGCUGUACAGAUCAAAAGUGUGGAGGUCUUGAUUCGGAUAAUGAGUCAAUUGUCCAGUAUUGCCAAAUCAUUUAAAGGGAAGAAUGUGGACUUCAUACAGAAUUUAUUAGAGAGGUGCAAAGUUCAAGAGUUUGUGCUCCUCUCUUUAUCUGUUUCCAUGUUUAGUAGUCAGAAGCAGUAUGAACUUCUUGCCUCAGAUCAAAACAAGCCCUCUCGAGAAGAGAUACACUUUGAAGAAGGCCUGAUUAGUUUUGGUCAGGAUAAGAUCUGGAAUCCCCUGCAGAUUGAGCUGCUAAAACUCCUGCAGGUCCUGAUUAUCUUGGAACACCAUCUGGGAAAGGUCCAAGAAGAACUGGAAAAUCAGUCAGAUCUGUCUAAGGAAUGGCAAAAGACCCUCAAAUUUCAGGAGUCCAUCAGUGCCAUGCAGUAUGUACAGCCUCACCCAAUUACUUCUCAGGGACUAUUCAUCUCUGCUGUGGUGCGAGGUUUACAGCCAGAGUGUGGUUAUGGGAUGCACUCAGCCUGGGUUAGUUUGGUCACAUCUUCUUUACCGUACUUUGGGAAAUCAUUAGGUUGGACUGUUGCUCCUUUUGUCGUACAGAUUUGCAAGAAUUUAGAUGAGCUGGUCAGGCAAUAUGAAAAUGAGUUUGUGAAGUCUUCUAUCAGCAUAUCCUGUAAGAGAGAGAACAUUUCUCCAGAUUAUCCACUCACUCUCUUGGAAGGUCUAACCACCAUUAGUCAUUUUUGCCUCCUGGAACAACAAUCCAACCAAACAAAAAUGUCAGCUUCUAUAAGUGACCCUAUCAACUUGAGAAAUGCCAAGAAUGCCAUUUUGGAAGAAUUGCCUCGAAUUGUUAACACCAUGUCACUUCUGUGGAGUGUAAUUAGAAAAGAAGAAACCCAAAAAAGACAAGCUGAUUUCUUUGGAUCUUCAAAAGGAUCAUCUUUAAUUUACUUUAAAGCUACCAAAACCAUAAGACAAAAAAUUUUAGAUUUCUUGAACCCCCUGGGAAUUCAGCUUGGGGUCCAGUUAACAGCAGCAGUUGCAGCAGUGUGGAGCAGAAAGAAAGUCAAGCAUCAUAGUAAGAUUGUUCCUGUGGCAAGUACCUCUCAGCUAACUCUUGUAGAUUUAAUUUCUUCACUUAAUUCAUUGAAAACUGACACAAUAUUGUACCUAGUGAAAGAAGUUGUCAAGAAACCAUCACAAAUCAAAGGAGAAGAGAAAUCAUCUCUAGUGGAUAUUCCUGUGUUGCAUUUCAGCUACACUUACCUUCAAAGGCUCUCUGUCUCAGUUCUACAGGAAAACUUCCCUUCGUUGUUAGGAGUGUUAAAGGAAUCUGUACAAUUGAACCUAGCACCACCCGGAUACUUUCUGCUCCUCAGUAUGCUCAAUGAUUUUGUGACAAGAACGCCUAACCUGGAAAGCAAGAAGGAUCAGAAAGACCUACAGGACAUCACCCAAAAAGUCCUGGAAGCUGUGGGAAAUAUAGCUGGUUCUUCUCUGGAACAAACUAGCUGGCUAAGCAGAAACUUGGAAGUGAAGGCCCAGCCUCAGAUCUCUUUAGAUGAAUGUGAUACUGAAGAAGAUUUGCAUGAUGCAGCAGCAACACCCUCAUCAAUGGUAUCUGCAUCUGCCCCCUCAGUUUACAGUGUGCAUGCUCUCUCACUCCUUGCAGAGAUUGUAGCAUGUCUCUUGGACGUGAUUUAUCGCAGUGAUGAGAAGGAGAAAGCUGUGCCAUUAAUUUCACGUUUGCUGUAUUAUGUUUUUCCUUAUUUACGAAAUCACAGUACCUACAACAUCCCUAGCUUCCGAGCUGGUGCCCAACUACUCAGCUCCCUGAGUAGUUAUGCCUAUACAAAACGAGCCUGGAAAAAAGAAGUCCUGGAGUUAUAUUUGGACCCUGGUUUUUUUCAGAUGGAUACUUCUUGUGUUCAUUGGAGGUCCAUCAUCGACCAUCUUCUGACACAUGAAAAAACAAUGUUUAAAGAUUUAAUGAAUAUGCAAAGCAGUUCUUUAAAAUUGUUUUCAAGUUUUGAGCAGAAAGCCAUGCUCCUAAAGCGUCAAGCAUUUGCUGUCUUCAGCGGAGAUGUUGAUCAGUAUCAUCUCUACCUUCCAUUGAUACAAGAACGACUGACAGAGAAUCUCAGAGUUGGACAGACACCCAUAGUUGCUGCUCAGAUGUUCCUCUUUUUCAGAGUUUUGCUGCUAAGAAUAUCUCCUCAACAUCUGACUUCGUUGUGGCCAAUAAUGGUCACUGAAUUGAUUCAGACAUUUAUACAAUUUGAAGAUGAUCUAAUACAGAGGAAUGAAUCAUCAAAAAGCAACAGCAAAGUAACCAGAAUGAGAGCUUCAGGAGCUGAUGGCAGUGAGAUAUCCCCAAAUGAACUCAUCUUGUAUUUAUCAGCUUGCAAGUUCCUGGACACAGCACUUUCUUUUCCACCAGACAAGAUGCCUUUAUUUCAAAUGUAUAAAUGGGCAUUUGUUCCAGAAGUAGAUACAAAGACUUCUGCUAUUCUCUCAGAUUUAGAGGAGUAUCAUCAAGAAUGCAAACCACAUGUUGUUAGAAUCUUGGAACUUCUCAACUUAAAAUAUGGAGAGAUAAACGGUAGCAACAAGGCGACUUCUAUCAAGUGUGAAUUCCCUCUUUUACACCAACGUUCUAUAUCUAGCAUCGUGCAGUUGAUGCCUUUUUUCAGGACUCUGAGCUGUGCUUUUAAGACUCAAAGUAAUCUGUCUCAUGAGUAUUCAGGGGCUCCUUCAGCAGAGUUUCCUAUUGCAGAUGGCCCAAGGAUCUUGAAACAACUGGAAGAAAGUGUUGAAUGUGAUUUUCUGGAAAAGCUGGAAUGUUAAAAACUCUUUGUUAUGUUGAUUUUUUGACAUUUUGUAACCAUAUCUAGUAUAGAAGUGUAGUAUGGCACUGUCAACUUAUUUUCUUUUCUAUUUUGAAAGUUAACUUAAAAUGUAUUUGAUUGGCAUGAAAAAAAAUCUUCUUAAAUUACUUUUAAAGUUAGCGAGAUCAAAUAGCUGAUUUUUUUUUACUCAGUUUAUGCAAUGAAAAAAAAAGUCAGUGUUACCUCCAAGUCUAGAAAAAUUACAGCUCUUGACACAUAUUUACUAUAUGAAGAAAGAAUACAAUGAUGAAGGAAAGCUUUUUUUGUCAGUGGUGCAGAAGUGUGGUUAUAUUUUUGUUUCUUCCAAGUGUACUGUUUCUCUAAACAUGUUAAUAUAGUGUUUCAAUUUUUCAUGCAAGUACUUUUUUUAAAGACAAAUAUAUAAUUUUUCAAAAAAGCAAUCAUUGAAAGUGAGUAUACAUGGCUUAUACAAAGUUACAAUCAAAGAAGAUAUUUGAAAUUGUUCAAUCCAUUGUCCUAUUAAAAUCACCUUUGUUAUGUUACUUGAAUCUGUAAUAGCAACAAACUGAAUCAUGACUGUAUUUUUUUAUCUCCCUUCAAAGAUCUGUGAUUUCAUCAGUGUGUGUCUUCCAUCCCUCUUACCCUUUGCAAUCCUACUAUAGUCUACAAAAUGGUUUUCAGUUGCGAUAGCUGGAAAAUUCAUCCCCCUGCUGUCAGCCUGAUGAUGAGCCUCUUGAAACUUAAGUAGCCUAGUCCUUGGAAAACAGAUGUACAGUCUGGCCAGACCCAAGCAUGAAGUCUUUGCAGCUUGGUGUAAGUUCUUCCAGAGGGUCAUCUCUAUGCCAUCAUGAGGCUUUGAAGUAGAAUUAGUGCAGGUAAUACCUCAGUUUCUAUGUUCCUUAACUUGCUGAAAUUAUAAGCAAAGAAAUGUUGAGAAUCGGAUUAAAAUAAACACAUGUAAGAUUAUUUAUGUAAGUCUAUUAUAUAAAUUUAAAGAUGUUUGCAUGUCUUUGGUCACUAAUAUACAUUCAGAGAAAGCUGAAUAUCUGCAAUAAAAGAGAAAAAAUAAAGUACACAAACUAUGA